CAUUACCAUUAUAGCAACGUUUGGUGCAAAAUGAAAAUGAAAUUACAUAAUUUACAUUUGCCAUUUCAUACACUAGUUUUAAUAUGCAUUAUGAGGUUAUUAGCGUAAAAGCACAACCUCCUUCUGAUCUAUGUUGUUGCUUGCCAGACAACCACUCGGGGGUAUCAAACAGCGACAUCCAGCGGUGAUAGAAGUUAUUGUUCCUCCAGACAGAGUGACGUGCUGCUCAAGCAGGAAGUGAACGUGUUCACGUGUGUUUGUGUUGUUCUGUUUUGCCGCCCUUAAGCAAACUCACUUUAUUUACAUGAACUGUCAACGUUUAAUCGUUUCUGAUGUAAGCAACAGAGACAAAUUAUGUCUUCCGAUACUUCUACUGUUGGAGGGAUUCAGGGUAAUCUCCUAAAGCUUCAUUCAUUACUUGGAGACACAGAGAACAGGAAUGCUGCUUUAGUCUGCCAUGACAUUAUUGGAGACUUGGGGCAGGAAUGCAUGAUAACUAAAAAUCACAAUGAACUGGUGUUACAGACAUCUUUGCUUUUUGCAAAGGACGGGGGGUUGCUUAGCUUUCUCCGAAAGUCUCUCUCUAGUGAAACGCUACGUGAUACAAGAGUGGAGAUUCUCAAUUUCUUAGGGGUAUUUCUACAGAGAAUGUCAGUCACUGUCCGAGGAUGGGAGAAGAACUAUGCUGUCGACCUCAAGGACAUUUGUAUGGUUGUCUACACAAAGGACAAAGCUGCAAAGUGCAGAAGCCCUGCUUUAGAUCUCCUAAUCAAAAUACUGUAUCUCACCAAAGACUCCAGCAUCACCCAGGAUCUCAAAAUUGGGGAUAUGUUCAACAAAUUUUAUGGAGAGUUAUGUCAGAAGAAUAAGAUACCUGAUACAGUUUUGGGUUGCAUUUAUGAACUUCUUGGAGUGCUGGGUGAAGUCCACCCCAGUGAGAUGGUCAACAACUCUGAAAAACUGUACAAGGCCUACCUGGGUGAACUGAAAGGACAGAUGACAUCUACUACAAAGGAGCCCAAACUUCCUGUUGUUGCUGGCUGCCUUAAAGGAAUCACCGCUCUGAUGGUGAACUUCACCAAAUCAAUGGAAGAAGACCCGGUUAUGUCAAAAGAAAUCUUUGAAUAUGCGCUAAAGGCGAUUUGUCCUCAGACUGAUAUGAAACGAUAUGCAGUCAUCUUUGCCGGUCUCAAAAUGUUUGCUAAGCACUCAAGCCAGUUCGGCAACUGUCUCAUGGAUCAUUACAUGUCUAUCUUUGAUGUCAUGUCCAAACUUUGUGGACACAUAAAUGGAGAGCUGAAAAAGAGUAGUUACACAGCCCUAGAGUCUUUCCUAAAACAGGUGGCUACUCUAGUGGCAGAGAACAUUGAGUUGCACAAAAGCAAGCUGAAGUUCUUCAUGCAGAAGUUCUGUGCUAUCAUCAGGACCAUGGCAUCCACUAAUAAAGAACUGUCCAUUGCUAUCAGAGGAUAUGGCCUGUUUGCUGCGCCGUGUAAGGUGGUGUGCCCUCAGGAUGUAGAUCUGAUGUAUACAGAGCUCAUUCAGCGGUGCAAGCAGAUGUACCUGACUGAGUCUGACCGGGAGGAUGACAAUGUCUACCAGCUGCCAAGCUUCCUCGACUCCAUAGCUAGUGUUCUGAUACACCUUGACCGGAUCCCUGAAGUCUACACUCCCGUGCUAGAGCGUCUCCUUGUGGUUCAGAUGGACAGCUUCCCUCAGUACAGCCAGAGAAUGCAGUAUGCCACCUGCCGCUCCAUCAUCAAGGUGUUUGUUGCCAUGGCAGUUCGAGGUCCUGUCCUGUGGAGUUUCACUAGUUCUGUGGUUCACCAAGGCCUGAUCAGAGUGUGCUCUAAGCCGGUUCUUCAGUCAGUAGAGCGGCCCAUUCCUUCUGAUAGUUCUGAAGCUCAGGAGGAUCCCACCCUGGUGCGCUCUGGGAAAUGGAAAGUUCCUUCCUCUAAGGACUACCUUGACCUCUUUAAGGGCCUUUUGGACUGUGAAAACUUUAAAGACACAGGAUUCAUGGAUGGAGCUCCAGCUGCCAAGAACUACAACCUGAGAGACAUAAACCGACACUUGUACGAUGCGCUGGUGCAGUCAGUCAUGAAGAUUGUGGAGAAACUUGAUCUUUCAGUGCAGAAAGUCAAUGCAGCAGAUGAGGCCCAGAUUGAUGCAAGUGCUGGAUUAAUGCCUUCAUCUGACCCCACAGCAAACCUGAUGCCCAACAAGCCCAAAGACUUUAUUGCCUUUAUCAAUUUGGUUGACUUUUGCAGUGAAUUAUUGCCUUCAAGAAAUCCUGAGUAUUUUGCCCAGUGGAUGUACCCCCUGUGUCAUGAGCUCAUUCUGCUAUCAAUACGUUUCCCUCUGGUCAGCGGCUUUUAUAAGCUCCUCUCCCUCUCUAUGAGCAUUGCCAGGAAAAUCCACUAUUUUCAGGACCCAAAACAAGGGCCUAAAAGUGUUGGUGGUGGCGGCGGCUCCACCAUGGAGAAUGCUUGUUUUUCGCUCCUUGCAAAGUUUGGAAAGGAGGUGUGUGUACGUAUGAAACAAUAUAAAGACGAGCUACUGGCUGCCUGUCUGAUGUUCACCCUCUCUCUUCAUCCUGACAUGGUGGCUCUGGAUAUCAAGGCAUAUAUACCAGCUCUGCAGGCUGCUCUGCAUCUGGGUUUGAGUCAUGCUCCUCUAGCCACAGCAGCGCUGGAUGCUCUGGAGUCCUGGUCUUCUCUGAUCCCUUCUGCCAUCAUGCAGCCGCGCUACGCAGACAUACUGCCACAUUUAGAUGGCUACCUCAAAACAACCAGUAACUCUGAACAAGAUGACAGCAAUAUGGAAGUGACGUUUGUGUCAACGGGAAGUUCAAAAAGUUAUGGAAAAGUCAUGAUGAGGCUCCUGAAGAAAUCAAAGCACUUCUCUGUGGGAGAUGAGUCUCCGAUUGCUGCUGUGAGACGCAGGGUGGUACGUCUGCUCGGACACUUGGGAGGACAGCUCAACAGGAGCCUUGUGACAGCUGUGUCUGCGGAGGACAUGAUGAAGCGUUUUGUGGCAUGGGACUGUGAGAAGAGGCUGAGUUUUGCUGUGCCUUUUAAAGACAUAAAGCCUGUGAUCUACCUGGACUCCUUCCUGCCAAGGGUCACAGAGCUUGCUCUGUCCUCCAGUGACAGACAAACUAAAGUUGCAGCGUGUGAGCUUCUGCACAGUCUGGUCAUAUACAUGGUGGGUAAAGGAGCCCAGAUGACAGAAGACGACAAAUCUGCUCCUCCCAUGUACAACCUACACAGAAAAGUCUUUCCUGUUCUCCUACGCCUGGCCUGUGACGUCGACCAGGUGACGAGGCAGCUGUUUGAACCUCUGGUGAUGCAGCUUAUCCACUGGUUCACUAACAACAGAAAGUUUGAGAGCCAAGACACAGUGGCAGUGCUGGAGGCCAUUUUGGAUGGAAUUGUGGAUCUGUUAGACAGCACCCUCAGAGACUUCAGUGGCACCUGUAUCCAGGAAUUUGUCAAAUGGUCCAUUAAACAGACAACACCCAAACAGCAGGAAAAGAGCCCAACCAACACAAAAUCUCUCUUCAAACGGAUCUACAGCCUGGCCUUACACCCCAACGUCUUCAAGAGGCUUGGAGCUGCGCUUGCCUUUAACAGCAUGUACAGACAGUUCAGAGAAGAGAGCUCUUUGGUGGAUCAGUUUGUGUUUGAGGUGCUGGUGGUGUUUGUUGAGAGUCUGGCUCUGGCCCACUUUGAUGAAAAGUCCCUGGGAACUGUCCAACAGUGUUGUAAUUCCCUGGAUCAUCUGAUGAGAAUUAUCAAACACAAGGCAGACUCGCUCAAUAAGAAUACCAAGAGACGCAUACCCAGAGGAUUCCCUCCAGACCAGUCAGUGUGCUUGUCAGAUGUAGUCAUGUGGCUGCUGAUCCAGUGUGGAAGACCACAGACUGAGUGCCGACACAAAUGCAUGGAGCUCUUCUAUGAACUUGUGCCUCUGCUGCCCGGUAAAGCAUCUCCUGCAGCGUGGCUGGACGAACAGGUGAAGCAGCGUGGUCCAGGUUUUCUCGUUUCGUGUUUGGAGGGAGGUGGUUUACUCUCCCAGCCUACUUUGAGAGAGGUUGAAGCCCCCUUCAGCAUCAGAAGCACCUUGCAGUGGAUGGAUCUACUGCUGGCUGCUCUUGACUGCUACAGCACCUUCACAAAACUGCACUGUGUACAACCCCAGAGGAUCCUGGGCACUGGUGAGAAGUCCAGCUUUUUGCCAGCUGUCCGUUUCUUCCUUACAGAGCUGUCCAUGCAGGACGUUCAGGCUGCCAGAGCUUGCUUCAGAAUAGGUAAUGCAGGUCAGUCGCACUUAAGCCCUCGUGAGACAGAGCAGUACAACUACAGCAAGUGCUCCAUCAUUGUCCGAAUGCUGGAGUUCUCCACCAUGGUACUAAAGAAAUGUCCACAGGAUCUCUGGAAGUUAAUGGAGCAUGAUUUUUUCAACACUUCCUUCUUCACACUGGUGGCGCUGACGGUGUGUGAGCCCUCUUCCAUUGGGUUCAACAUGGCCGACCUAGAAGUGAUAACUCAGCUGCCAGAAGUGUGCGCUCCUUUGCUUAAAGUUUUGGCAUCAACGCCUUACAGGACACAAGUGGAGAGCAGCAUUAGGAAGAGAAUAACCGUACAGAGUGUGGAGGAGUUGUGUGCUAUUGAUCUGUAUGAGGCAGACACCAGAGACAGUCAUGCUAGCAUGCAUCUUUUACUCUCAGCCUGUAAGCAGCUUCACCAGUCUGGGAUGCUCAACUCUGUUCUGCACAGUCAGGAUGCUGGUUUCGGUCACUCUCUGGGCUCCAAACUUCUCAAUAGUGUUUAUAAAAGCAUAGCUCCUGGAAAUGAAAGGAAGUCUCUGCCCUCCAUGGAUGUUGGCAGCAGGAAGUUGGCUAACAGUCUCGUGCAGUUGGCGUUCUGUUUGGGAAAUCAGUCUGAAUCCUCACUCCUCAGCUUCUCUCAUGGAGAGUACUUCUACAGCCUCUUCCAGACAUCUCUGAAUACUGAGUUACUCGGCAGUGUGGAGUGCUCAGUGCCGCUGCUGCUGGCUGCAGCCAACCAGAACCCCAGCAUGGUUAGUGUGUUGCUGAACGGCAUGUUGGAUCAUAGUUUCCGUGAGCGUUCUGUCAGAAUGUCUCAAGGCACACAAUUGGCUGAGCAGGUGCUGAAGGAGUGGGAUUUACUCAGGCCGUGGUGGCAGGGUCCUACAUCCUCACCAGAGAGCAAAACUUCAGUCCUGUCAUUGCUCGCCAAAGUGCUCCAGAUAAAUUCCUCUGUAUGCUCCAAUACAGAUCACCCAGCGUUCAAUGCUGUGUUCACCACUUUCACAGCUCUUCUCACAGAUAUAUCUAUGCCAUUAAAUCUCAAGAGACGGCCGGUUCAGAGAUACCAGUUUCCUGUGGAAACAGACGCAGUGGAUGUUCCUGAGCCAUCCCUUCCUCUCAUGGCUGUUGAAGUGUCUCUUUCCUGCUCAGUGAAGUCUAUCAGUCCAGUCAUGGUCACCGAGGCCAUCUCAGAGCCCACCGUUUGUUCUGCAAAGGCCGCAGAGUACACUGCAGCACCCCCUGAUCACCUGAGUCUGCGGCAACACCCUCAGAGAUGA